AUGAAUGCUGAUGCAGGACCAGCAUCUAAGGUCUUCGGAGAGAAGAACAUGGUUCAAGAUCCAAAAAAGGGCUACAGCACGCAACUCAUGAAGUCCACUAUUGCAAUGCCCUGCAAAAGUCAGACUGGGAUUGAAAUGCUGCUCCUUACCCGUUUUUGUUUAACGUUGCUCAUCAGCAGCAUCAAUGCAGGCUUUUCGUCUAAAAUUUUUAUGUUCAGCGAUGACCAGCAGAGCGAAACUGCUAGUGGCCUGGCAGGAUAUACACGUAUCGAGUGUGGCCUCCGACCAUCUUAUGAGUCCUUUCUGGAGACCGGCAAGAAGAUCACAGCGGGGAGAUAUGCCAAGGCUGGGGAGUUCCCGUGGCAUGUGAGCAUCCAGAGCAACGGGAAACAUAUCUGCGGAGGCACCAUGAUCAGCGCAUUGUGGAUUUUAACUGCGGCCCAUUGCUUUGCAGAAGAGGUGCCACCAGAUCUCACUGUUGUAGUGGGAGGAGUUGACCUCAGCCUCCCGCUGGAAGAACAUGAGCCGGACAGCUUGAUCCUCCAUGAAAACUUUGACAGAAUGAGCAUGGAAAAUGAUAUCGCUCUGAUCCUGCUCAGCUCUCCCAUCGAGUUCAACAAUGAGAAAAUCCCCAUCUGCUUGCCCUUCAUUGAUGACACCAAUACGUGGCAGCACUGCUGGGUUGCUGGGUGGGGAACCACAAGUGCAG